AUGGCCGACCAAUUCAAGGCGCGAACGCUUAAGCGCAAGAACGUCAAGGGCCUCGCCCUGAACGCUGCCCCGAAACCUACCUCCAACCCUUCCGACGGCGAUGCUCAGGCGUCCGGCGCCGCGGGAAAUGGCGACUCCAACCGCACCGAUACCCUGGAGAUCGGCCUAGAGUUUCGUCUCGACCUGCGUAGCGAAGAUUUGGUUCCCUUGAAGGAACUGGGGGCCGGAAACGGUGGCACUGUCUCCAAAGUCAUGCACGCCUCCACCAAGGUGGUCAUGGCUCGAAAGAUCAUCCGGGUCGACGCGAAGGAGAACGUGAGGAAGCAGAUCUUGCGAGAGCUCCAGGUCGGACACGACUGCAACUCCCCCAAUAUCGUCACCUUCUACGGCGCCUUCCAGAAUGAAGCCAGAGAUAUCGUGCUGUGCAUGGAGUACAUGGAUUGCGGCUCGCUGGAUCGGAUAUCCAAGGACUUCGGCCCCGUGCGUGUGGACGUACUGGGCAAGAUCACCGAGUCCGUCCUCGCGGGUCUGGUUUAUCUGUACGAAGCGCAUCGCAUCAUGCACCGGGACAUCAAACCCUCAAACAUCCUCGUCAACUCGCGCGGUAACAUCAAGCUCUGCGAUUUCGGCGUCGCAACCGAGACGGUCAACUCGAUCGCAGAUACAUUCGUCGGCACAUCGACCUACAUGGCCCCGGAGAGGAUUCAGGGUGGCGCAUACACAGUCCGCUCGGAUGUCUGGAGUGUUGGAUUGACGGUGAUGGAAGUGGCUGUGGGUCGGUUCCCCUUCGAUACGUCGGACUCGUCGGCGGGCGACCGUGCCAGCGCGGGACCGAUGGGCAUCUUGGAUUUGCUGCAGCAGAUUGUGCAUGAGCCGGCCCCGAAGCUGCCCAAGAGCGACGCGUUCCCUCCCAUCCUGCACGAUUUCGUCGCCAAGUGUCUGGUCAAGAAGCCGGAGGAACGCCCGACCCCUCGGGAACUUUAUGACAAGGAUGCGUUCCUGCAGGCCGCCAAGCGGACCCCGGUUGAUCUCCAGGAAUGGGCCAUCAGCAUGAUGGAGCGUCACAACCGCAAGUCAUACCUGGCUCCGCCGCCUCCCAAGUCGCUGAAAGAAGAGCCUCCGGUCUCGAACCCGUCUCCCAAGCCCCAGUCCAGCCAGUCCGGCCAUUCCACCAAGCCCGCGCGCACGCCCCAGUACGCCCCUGCCCCGUCCUCGGGCGACAUCCCCUUGAACGUGGGCCACGACGCCCCCUCGCACCACCAGUACAGUUACUUCCCCGCGAACCCGUCGCCUCGGCCCUCGCGCACCACACGCUCACCGCCGAUUUCCCUCGAGCAUCUCUCCUUGGAAGACGAAUACCGAUCCGGCCGUCGUCGGACUCCCGUUGGGGGUGCGUCUUCCGGCCUGGAGCCUCCCAUGCACCCCGGGAUGGGAACUCGCUCGGCCAGCUCGCACAACACCAAGUCACGGAUGCCUCUGCAGUCGGCGGCGGCUUUGCCCGUUCGGAUGGCGCCUCCCCCGAGCGGUCCUCUGCCUCCGCCUCCCAGCGGCGGGUCGUGGCAACGCCCGUCCAACUCCAUGCGCGGCGACCACAUGAGCGGCGCUGUCUAG